CUAUCACUCUACUCCGCUCCUCUACUCUUAACUAACUUCACUCUCUUCUCAUCCACAACCAACUAACUUCGACUAAAAACUAGGACUUCCCUCACUUUACUACACAACACCACACAACCUUCACUCUUGUCUGGUCUCACCCACAAUCCAUGCCACUUUUUGUGUUGUCAUGUUUAUCUUCAUCUUAAACUGUGUAAAAAGUGCAGGAAGCAGCACCAGCUUAUAUAUAUUUUUUACUGCUGCUACUGCUACGUACAACCAUUUCAAGUACUCUUGCAUUCUUAACUCGCCACCAAUUGUACUGAAAAACACACUCGCCAAAAAAAAAAAGAAAGGAAAAAAGUGAUAACAAUGGGAAUGGCGGAAGAUCAUGUUGGACAAUUGCAAGAACCAACUUUCAAGCACUUUUGCAGGGUAUGCAAAAGAGGGUUUGGAUGUGCCGGAGCUCUGGGGGGUCACAUGAGGAGCCAUGCUGUUGGAGAUGUUCGGAUGCAUCAAUCGAGUCGCGAUCAAGAAAUAGGCACCAGCGGCUUCAUGAGAAGCAAUAAGGGGGAAGGAGGAAGCAAGCAUUCGUACUUCCUCCGAACCAAUUCCACCAAUCGAUUCACCGGUGCUUGUCGAGCUGGUGAAGAUCUCCAAGAAUUUAAUAAUAAGAGGGCCUUCACCCGCUCUGCUUUCCAUGAUGAACGCGGGAAAUUUUCAUCUUCCGUGUCGUCUUCUGAAUCUGAAGUUGAAGAGAUGAUGCUCAAGUCCGCGCGAGCAAAAUCCAAAAAUUACGAGGACCGGCAUUGUGCCGCCUCCAGCGAAGAAGAGGAUCUCGCGAAUUGUUUGGUGAUGUUGUCAAACGAAUCAUUUGUUCAGUCGGAUAAGGAGCAGGAAAACACGGACAAACACGUGGAAAAGGGUAUGUUCCAGUGCAAAGCUUGUAAGAAAGUGUUCAGUUCCCACCAAGCACUGGGGGGACAUAGAGCCAGUCAUAAGAAGGUGAAAGGUUGUUAUGCUGCUAGAUUCAACAGCAGCACCAACCUCAAUGAUCAGGAUAAUGACAAUAAUUACGAAGAUGCCUUCUACCAACACGAGGAACAUUUGGCUCCGUCAGAAAAUUCUUCAGAGCCAGGGCUUGAUCUUGAUUUCUCACCUCAUCAUGAUCACCUUCCAAAAAAUACUACAUUGUCAAAAAGGAAGUCCAAAGCUCAUCAAUGUUCGAUUUGUCAGAGGGUGUUUUCAUCAGGGCAAGCCUUAGGUGGGCACAAAAGAUGUCACUGGCUAACCUCAAACUUACCUGAUAAUACUAUCAUACAGAACUUACUUGAGUUCCAAUUUGAUAGCCAACAACUAUUCAAGAAGCCUAUGCUCAAAAAACCCGAGCCACCGCCUCUUGAUCUCAAUUUCCCUCCAUUGCUGAACAAUGCAGUUGAUAAUCUGCACAUGAACUCAGCUGAUGAUGCCCUCAAUUACGAAGCCCCAGCUAGAAUUUUUCUCCAACUGUGGGGUAACGAAGAGGCUGACAACAAUACUAGUAAUAAUAAUCAUCAGCAGAAAUAUACUACUAAAAGCGUGGUUCGUGGUUCAUUGCAUGAUGAGGACGAAAGAGCCAAAGAAGAUGGUUAUAGAGCGGAGCACAUUGCAAAACUGAGUAAUCUGAAAGAUAUGAAUUUGGAUGGAGGGUCUUCUCGGUGGUUACAGGUGGGGAUUGCUUCAACUACUGAUAUUACAGCCACCCCAUGA